AUGCGUUUGCUCUGCUCACCUAAUGCCGCCUGCGGUCAGGUGCUAAGUCCCGACAACCCCUGUCUGUUCUCGCUCAAUGGUCUGAGCCACUUAGGAACACACCCAGUCUCGCCUUGCCAACCUUGCCCGUCUUGCAACCAAUCACCACCAGUCUACCGAGACAAAGCCAGUAUUCGCCGGCCAUCCUGGAUGACUGCGGUCAGAAGACACUGGGAAUUGCGCCUCGCGCGCGGUGGUCACGACGACGCCGGCCUCACGAUCGGACGCCUUGCAAGACCAAUUGGCGACUUCUCCUUAACUCUGUAA